AUGGAGGCCGCACACUCCAAGUCCACAGAGGAAUGUUUGUCCUAUUUUGGGGUGAGCGAGACCACAGGCCUUACCCCAGACCAAGUAAAGCGGCAUCUGGAAAAAUACGGCCCCAAUGAACUCCCUGCUGAGGAAGGCAAGUCCCUGUGGGAGUUGGUGGUAGAGCAGUUUGAAGACCUGCUGGUACGCAUCCUUCUGCUGGCCGCCUGCAUUUCCUUCGUGCUGGCCUGGUUUGAGGAGGGCGAGGAGACUGUCACCGCCUUUGUGGAACCUUUUGUCAUUCUCUUGAUCCUCAUCGCCAACGCCAUUGUCGGGGUUUGGCAGGAACGGAAUGCAGAGAAUGCCAUCGAGGCUCUGAAAGAAUAUGAACCCGAGAUGGGGAAGGUCUAUCGGGCUGACCGAAAGUCAGUGCAAAGGAUCAAGGCCAGGGACAUCGUCCCUGGGGAUAUUGUAGAGGUGGCUGUGGGGGACAAAGUCCCGGCAGACAUCCGCAUCCUCUCCAUCAAAUCCACCACUCUCCGGGUUGACCAGUCCAUCUUGACAGGAGAGUCUGUAUCCGUCAUCAAGCACACAGACCCUGUCCCUGACCCCCGAGCUGUCAACCAGGACAAGAAGAACAUGCUCUUCUCAGGUACCAACAUUGCAGCCGGCAAGGCCGUGGGCAUCGUGGCCACCACUGGUGUGAGCACUGAGAUUGGCAAGAUCCGAGACCAAAUGGCUGCCACUGAGCAGGACAAGACCCCACUGCAGCAGAAACUUGAUGAGUUUGGGGAGCAGCUGUCCAAGGUCAUCUCCCUCAUCUGUGUGGCCGUCUGGCUUAUCAACAUUGGACAUUUCAACGACCCUGUCCAUGGGGGCUCCUGGUUCCGGGGAGCCAUUUACUACUUCAAGAUUGCUGUGGCCUUGGCUGUGGCAGCCAUCCCAGAAGGGCUACCUGCUGUCAUCACCACCUGCUUGGCCUUGGGUACCCGCCGGAUGGCAAAGAAGAACGCCAUCGUGAGGAGCUUGCCCUCUGUGGAGACUCUGGGCUGUACCUCUGUCAUCUGUUCCGACAAAACAGGGACCCUCACCACCAACCAGAUGUCAGUUUGCAAGAUGUUCAUCAUUGACAAGGUGGAUGGGGAUGUCUGCUCACUGAAUGAAUUCUCCAUCACCGGCUCCACCUAUGCGCCCGAGGGAGAGGUCUUGAAGAAUGAUAAGCCAAUCCGAGCAGGGCAGUAUGAUGGGCUGGUGGAGCUGGCCACCAUCUGUGCCCUCUGCAAUGACUCCUCCUUGGACUUUAAUGAGACCAAAGGUGUCUAUGAGAAGGUGGGCGAGGCCACGGAGACAGCCCUCACCACCUUGGUGGAGAAGAUGAAUGUGUUCAACACUGAAGUGAGGAGCCUCUCUAAAGUGGAGAGGGCUAACGCCUGCAACUCGGUGAUCCGCCAACUGAUGAAGAAGGAAUUCACCCUGGAAUUCUCCCGAGACAGAAAGUCUAUGUCUGUCUACUGUUCCCCGGCUAAGUCGUCUCGGGCUGCUGUAGGAAACAAGAUGUUUGUCAAGGGUGCCCCUGAGGGAGUCAUCGACCGCUGUAAUUACGUGCGUGUGGGCACAACCCGUGUGCCGUUGACAGGCCCCGUGAAGGAAAAGAUCAUGUCAGUGAUCAAGGAGUGGGGCACUGGUCGGGACACCCUACGAUGCCUGGCCCUGGCCACCCGGGACACACCGCCCAAACGAGAGGAGAUGGUUCUGGAUGACUCAGCCAAGUUCAUGGAGUAUGAGAUGGACCUGACGUUUGUUGGUGUUGUGGGCAUGUUGGAUCCACCCCGCAAGGAGGUCACAGGCUCUAUCCAGCUGUGCCGUGAUGCUGGGAUCCGAGUGAUCAUGAUCACUGGGGACAACAAGGGUACAGCCAUUGCUAUCUGCCGACGGAUUGGCAUCUUUUCGGAGAAUGAGGAGGUGACAGAUCGGGCCUACACUGGCCGUGAGUUUGAUGAUCUGCCCCUGGCUGAGCAGCGGGAAGCCUGCAGACGCGCCUGCUGCUUCGCCCGUGUGGAACCCUCACACAAGUCCAAGAUUGUGGAGUACCUGCAGUCCUAUGAUGAGAUCACAGCCAUGACAGGGGAUGGUGUCAAUGAUGCCCCUGCCCUGAAGAAGGCCGAGAUUGGCAUUGCCAUGGGAUCUGGUACUGCUGUGGCUAAGACAGCCUCUGAGAUGGUACUAGCUGACGACAACUUCUCCACUAUUGUGGCUGCCGUGGAGGAGGGCCGAGCCAUCUACAACAACAUGAAGCAGUUCAUCCGCUACCUCAUUUCCUCCAACGUGGGCGAGGUGGUCUGUAUCUUCCUGACAGCCGCCUUGGGGCUGCCCGAGGCCCUGAUCCCUGUGCAGCUGCUCUGGGUGAACUUGGUGACCGAUGGGCUCCCUGCUACGGCUCUGGGAUUCAACCCACCUGACCUGGACAUCAUGGACCGUCCCCCCAGGAGUCCCAAGGAGCCUCUCAUCAGCGGCUGGCUCUUUUUCCGCUACAUGGCAAUUGGGGGCUACGUGGGUGCAGCCACUGUGGGGGCAGCUGCCUGGUGGUUCUUGUAUGCAGAAGACGGGCCUCAUGUCAGCUACCACCAGCUGACUCACUUUAUGCAGUGCACUGAGCACAACCCUGAAUUUGAUGGCCUGGACUGUGAGGUCUUUGAGGCCCCUGAGCCCAUGACUAUGGCCUUGUCUGUGUUGGUGACCAUUGAGAUGUGCAAUGCUCUCAAUAGCCUGUCUGAGAACCAGUCUCUACUACGGAUGCCACCCUGGGUGAACAUCUGGCUGCUGGGUUCCAUCUGCCUGUCCAUGUCCCUCCACUUCCUCAUCCUCUAUGUUGACCCCCUGCCGAUGAUCUUCAAGCUCCGGGCCCUGGACUUUACCCAGUGGCUCAUGGUCCUCAAGAUCUCACUUCCGGUCAUUGGCCUAGACGAGCUUCUCAAGUUCAUUGCUCGGAACUAUCUGGAGGGUAAGGGACAUCCCUCUUCCCUAGUCCUCAGUCCUGAGCGCAGCCCCCGCCCUCUGCGCCGCGAAUCCGUGCCACACCUCACUCCCCUCUUCCUUUGCAGGUGGGUAAGUUCCUUUUGGCCCUGGCGGGACCAGUGUCCCCAGGGAGGGCAGCCCAAGCCCUGUCCCCACUCCAGCCAUGACUGGUGGGGUUUCCCCCCAGCCUGCUCAGCCCUGUGGGCCUCCUUCCCCCUCGAUAACGGCCUCUCUCUGUCCUCUCUGGCCAUAGGAUAACCGCCCCCCUCCUCCAUGUCUUUGAACGUGUCACAGGUAUUUCCCUACACACCCUGCCCCAGCUGCUGUACCCUGCCGCUCGCCC